AUGCCUCCGGGGAAGAAGAGGACCCUGUCCCACGAUGGACCCCCACCCAAACGAUACCGCGUCUCACUGCCAGGCAGCCUUGAUGAAGAAGCGAUGGUUGCGCUGGAAGAACUGGAUUCCACUAACCCUGAGUUCGUUCGAACGCUGCCGUACGCAGAAGGAGGGUUGUCGAAGGCUCAGGUGGCUUGGAAUUUGCCACCGAUGCACAAACUGAGCGACAUUUUCAGGUCCAUCACCCAACGAGCAAUGGAUCUGGGCCUGGACAAGUACCUGACGCACGUGGGAUUGAGACCUCUCCGCGUCGUCACCGUAUGUUCUGGCACUGAAAGCCCAUUGCUGGCGCUCGAGCUGCUGCAGGAAAACCUGAAAAGAUUCCACAACAAAGAUUUCGCAUUCGAUCAUCUCUUCAGUGCCGAGAUUGUUCCAUUCAAACAGGCUUACAUCGAACGGAACUUCCAUCCCCGUUUGCUUUUCCGGGAUGUACGCGACUUGGAAGGUGUCGUAGCUCAAACGGCAUACGGUUCCUGGGCAAAGAUACCAACGGAUGUCGACCUUCUUGUUGCGGGCUUCUCUUGCGUGGACUUCUCAUUGUUGAACAACAAGCAGAAAACUCUCGACGAGAUAGGCGAGUCCAGCGGAACUUUGCAUCAAAUCGUAGCGUAUGCUAAAAAGCACCGACCUCGCUUGGUAGUCCUGGAGAAUGUGAGAAACGCCCCCUGGGAUCAGAUCAAACAGUGCUGGAUCGGCAUUGGCUAUGCUGUUGUUCAAGCCGAUGUCGACACAAAGGCAUAUUAUCUCCCGCAGACGCGUGAGCGAGGCUACAUGUGCUGCGUCGAUUCCCAGCUCCUGAAGCAGAAUGGCCUCUCUGAUAAGGUCGUGCUGACAUGGUCUACCUUGAUGACCAAAUUCGCACGUCAGGCAAGUUCACCCGUAGGCAAAUUCCUUCUGAAAGCCGAUGAUAGAAGGCUGCAGCAAGUCGCAAAGGGCGUCAACUCGAAUAGGACCAAAUACAAGUCUCGCCCUUGGGAGAAAUACCAGGUCCGACACCAAGCCUAUAGGCAGGCCGAGCACCUCGGAUACAUGCGUCCAUACAGCCGGUCUCUAGACAAUGGCACUUGUCAGACACCUGACUUCACUUGGCAUCCAUGGGUAAGAUCUUUGGUGGCCAGAGUCUGGGAUACUCUCGACGUCAAUUUCCUGCGCAAGCUCAGAGAGGGUUACGACAUGAGCUAUAAAGAGAGGUGUAUUGAUCUUUCUCAGGGUCUCGAGCGUGAAGUGGACGUCCGUGCCUGGGGCCUUGUUGGCUGCAUCACCCCUGCUGGUAUUCCUUACCUCACCAGCCGGGGGGGACCGCUGUGUGGCCUCGAAGCGCUUGCCUUGCAAGGUUUGCCCUUGGAUAGACUUCUUGUCACUCGCGAAUCUAUGCGUGAACUGCAAGAUCUUGCCGGCAAUGCAAUGAGUUCGACGGUCGUAGGUUGCGCAAUGCUUUCCGCAUUGAUCUUGGGACACAAAGUCCUCCGAACAGGUGAAGAAUCGUCAGCCUCCAUCGCAAAAGGGGCUAAGCGCAAUACUUUGUGCCCUCAAGACCUUAGCAACUUGGUAAUUGAUAACAUGCAGCUCGACCACGCCAUCGACAUAGACACCCGAGAACUCCAAAUCCAAGCCGCAAAUAGCGCACGAUACUGUUUGUGUGAGGGACAGCUGUGGGUUGAAAAGAAUAUUCUUCGAUGUACCCUCUGCGGUCAUACUGUUUGCUCAAAUUGCGGCGGCAAUCCAUCUCAUGCCUUCGAAUCUUGGUCUGGCAUAGAGCGCACCUCACCCAUGAGGUUCAUUAGCAAGUUAAGAAGCAUUCUACCGGCUCGCUUGGUGUUGAGUGGUAUCUCGCGUGACAUUUAUUCACAAUUUGUGGCCCAUUCAGAUCAUUGCCCAUCGCAGGUUUGGUCGCUUUUUUGGGAGGUUAUUGACUCCAGCAUCAAUGGCGAAUUGUCACUCUUGGAUAUAGAACGCAGGGAUGUUUGGGUCGCUCAGUAUGAAGGUCAUGAGUCGAGAUUGGAUCUUGUCAUAAGUGAAGGCGGUGUUGAAUGGCUUCUUUAUGCAUUACCCCCCUGUCAGAAGCCGUCUCUAUCCCUCAUCCGAGAAAUUCUCUCAAAGCCCAUUGCACGUCUGAGACCUGAGCAUGGUUCACUGUUGGGAGGCGAAUGGGAAGUAUGUUUGCCAAUCAGCCUCAAAAGUUGCUUCAAUGUUUGCGGGAGUGGGCACCGCAUUAAGAGCUACGAAGUCAAUUGCGGGCACCAAGACCCGAAAUUCGUUGGAUCGGAGAUUUGGACACAUAUUGACGUACAAGGCGCCGAUGCGGACGCGCAGGAUCUUGAAGUCGACAUCCGGGGCUCAUAUGAACUCCUGCCAGAGUGUGGAACCGCAAACGCAUCUUUGCACAAGAAAGUCAUUACCGGGAAAGAGCCCGCUGUUUAUCUUUUCUUGGAUCCGACCAAGCUUGGAAAGCCCGAGAAUGAUUGCUUCGUUUUCUCGUUGGAACAUCGUUUCAUUCCAGGAUAUGAUAGACGAGCAACGGUCGCUGAGAUGUCACACAAUUGGCGCUCUUGGGAAGCAAGCCACGUGCCCGAAUCAGUUCCUGUAUAUCAUCGCAAGUGGGUCAGGACUUCAGCUGUGACCAUAGCUCCUCUUUCCCCCGAUGCUUCCGCCACCUGCCAAAGCUUAGCACCUGGAAACAAGAUCACCAUCUGCAGUUUUGAUUGUCGUAAUGCCAAUAUCACCUUGCUUUCGUUCAAGGUUGCACUGUCAGAAACGGGACAUGGCCAACAAAGCAAUCAAUGGGAGGUUUUCGAUCCACUAAGCUUGUCUUCGAAGCUGCGGGAUAUCUUUUGGUUACUUCAGAAAGCGGCAGGCUUCACUACUUUUAAAGAAUGGCAAGAUCUCGCUUAUGUGCACGCCACCGCAACAACGCACGAUGGCCGAUCAUUUUGCAAUGUAUGUGCACCGCCCAAACCACGGCUUCUCAUGAGUCGUAGUCGCAAGGGUCGGAUGACUCCAUACGAGGAUCCUUAUGAUGCAGCCCUGUAUGAGCGCCAGAUGAAGUCGAAGCCACCCGCAUUCUUGUUCUUUCGUCGAGUUGGUCGAACAGGAAUAAACGAAUUGUGUGUCACGCUGAAUAUUCAGGUCCUACUCCACCAGGCUUGUGACCGACUGUGUAGUUCCCGCGUGGUCGAAGGGACUUCGUUUCAAUGGCGUCUAGUACCCAACUCUUUCGACACACGAAACCACACCUUCUUCAAAUCCAACCUGCCGAGCAACCGCAAUGACGCGCCUUCUGUUCAACCACCGAACUUUCUCUUGAAACUGCGGCCAGAACAAUUACGAUCCCUGUCUUGGAUGAUUGGGGAAGAAAGUGACAACAACGCAUCAUUCCUAGAAGAAGAGAUAGAGGAGGCACUCCUUCCGUCAAUGAUGUGGCGCGCUGAAGCAAGGGUCGUUACUCCAAAGACAGUCCGAGGAGGCGUCCUUGCAGACGAUGUCGGCUAUGGCAAAACUGCUAUCAUCCUCGGAUUGGUUGAUAUGCAACACAAAGACCUUCAAAUGUCGGUUCUGGACCCCAAGGAUGGCUUUAUCCCGGCAAAGGGCACCCUGAUCGUGGUUCCUGGAGUACUGCUACGGCAGUGGGAGCUGGAGAUUAAAAAAUUCUUGGGCUCCAUUUAUAAAGUUCUCGUCUUUGGCAGUGUACAGAGUCUCUCAAGGGUGACUGUUGGCGAUAUUCUCCUCAGUGAUAUCAUAUUGGUGUCUGGGUCUGUGUUAAACGGCGAAGGCUACUAUCAGAAACUGCAGAAUCUUACUGGAACGCAUCAGGUGCCCAGGAAAAAGGCUCGCAGUUUUGAUGGUUGGUUCGCAGAUGCAUUGAUCUCACUCAGGGACUUGGUUCGUGUUUUGGUGGGAAAAGGCCCUAGCGCUUUUCUCGAGUUGAUCCGUUUAAAGCGCCAGAAUACUGAAGAUAGCCAGGCGCGAGCUACCUAUGCGCCAUCCAAGCGUUUGAGAGGAAAGGCUUACGCCGAGGCAGCUCAAAAAUGGUGCGAAAGCACUGAAUAUGAGGAGCAUGCUGACGACACAUCCAGUAUCGAAGACAUCUCCGGCCUUAGUGAAGACGAAAGUGUCGAAGUAUUGAAGGCUAAGGUGGAUCAGUGUCUGAAAUUCUUACCCUCGAAAAUGUUGGACCCUGAUGACAGUGAGGAGCAAGAAAGCACAGGCACACCAGACUCGGAGGACGAGAUUUCGGAGGAUCAACCUUCGUCGACCAUCCGCAGUAAACAAAAGCAACGUGGCCGCUCAGCUUCUAGCAAGAAAGACUGCAAGACAUGGAACGAUUGGAAGGAGUUCAAUAUCAGCCUAAAGUCGAACAAGCCUUGGACAACAGUUCGAAAUAUUUCCCUCCAUGCUUUCAGAUUUAGUCGCCUGGUCAUUGACGAGUUCACAUAUGCAAGCCCUGAAAGGGUUGUAUCCUUCUUAGCACUGGAAGCUCGUGCUAAAUGGGUCCUUUCGGGAACUCCACCUUUGAACGACUUCGCAGAUGUAAAGUCCAUUGCACGAUUCUUAAGCGUUCACCUAGGAGUUGACGAUGAUGAAUACAAGCUGCAGACCGGGCGGCAGCAAUCCGAUGCGGAGAGGUUCCAGUCCUACCGAGCGACCCAUAGUGACGCCUGGCAUCAAAACCGUCAUGAAACUGCACAGAGAUUUCUGAGCCGUUUUGUGCGGAAGAAUGUUGCAGAAAUUGGCGAGAUCCCUUUCACUGAGCAUAUCAUUCUCGUCCGCCAGACACCAGCCGAACGCGCACUUUAUUUUGAAAUGUACAGACAGCUGGAGGCAUGGGAAGGCAAUCUCCGCCUACAGAGCAGAUCACGGUUCGGCUGCGACCAGGCCAGUCGGUUAGAUGAGGUCAUCAGCAGCAGCACAACCGGUGACGAGGCACUUCUCAGACGCUGUGCGUGUCUUGCUGUUCUUAACCGUUGGACCAAGGCCGGGAAGCCGGAGGUCACGACUUGCGCAUCACUUAUCGACAACAGAGAACAUGAGAUCACCGAACUGAGGGAUGAACUCGUGGCGAAAUUGAGGCUGGCAGCCUGGAUGUACUGCGAAUGCGAUUCAAAGUCUGAAAGAUUCGAAAAGUUUGUUGACGGUGUGACCGCACACAAUUUCGGCGACAACUCGGUGACUGAGAACGUCUGCGCUCUUCUGAAUUCCGCAGUCCACUUGUCAGACCCCGAGCAUUGGAUAGAUUUCUUCGCUCCUCCGGCCAAAGCCGACCCUCAGCAAUCAGCAGACAAGGAAGAAUGUGACAAUCUUGGCGUCGACUCUGAAAUCCGGACGCGUGAAACCAAAGGGAAACAAACGAAAGGUCCUCAGCCGAAGAAGUCAGUUCGUCAGGGAAGACAUGCCAAGAAUGAUGAACUCCCCACAAAGCCCACCACAUUAAGUGAACUCGAGGCCUUGCUGCGCGAAGUCACAACAGUCAUGAAAAAGAUGAUUGACGAAUGGGUCCUACGCAAGCGGGGGGUGAGAUCUCUCAAAAAGUUACGAUCUAUGCAGACCGGCGAGUCAGUCUCCAAAUGCUCCAGUUGCAGAAGCCAGCCCGACAGUCUCGAUGCCUUGAGUCUGUUAGGAUCAUGUGGCCAUGUGCUGUGCAAAGUAUGCAUCUCAAAAGCUAUACAAAAGGAGGAAUGUUCUGUGGAAGGAUGUCGCGGUUCCGGCAAGUGUUAUAAUGUCAUCCCGGCCUCGACACUCGAACACGACCACGUCGACAGAGAUACCAUAUUCGGCGGCAGCAAGAUUGACAAAAUGGUCGAGAUUAUCCGCGGCACACCAGCGGGCGAGCGAGUCCUCUUGUUCAUCCAAUUCCCGGAUCUGAUGAAAGUCGCCACCAAAGCAUUGAGUCUCGCUAAAAUCAAGUUCAUCAUGAUCACAGCCAUGGACGGAAAAUCCACCACCAAGAUCGACAAGCUGCAGACCCAAUAUGAUUAUGACUCGACAAUGACCCAAGCCAUCGGGCGGAGUCGACGAUAUGGCCAGAACAAGCAUGUUCACAUCUACCAUCUGUUGGCUAAGAAGACCGUCGAUGUAAACAUCUUUCAGAAUCGCCGAGGCAAGGUCCUUAUCGAGCGAGAUGGAGAACCUGCGCUGGUUACCCACGAAGAAGCCGCGGAUGAGAAGAUUAUCAAAUGCGAGGGGGAAUUGUUGCACGAAGACGAUGGAAUUUAG